CUGGACAGCAUGACAAGGAAGAAAAAUUUAGGUGGAGCUGAAGCAGACUGAGGCAAAUAAGACCCAGCUCUCACUUCAGUUCACAUCCUAGGACAAUGGAUGGCAGGAUUCUAGGGAAGAGGCAGAAUAUUUUUUUUCUUUUGGUUUUGUUAGGAAGAAUAUCUGGGAGGGAAACGCUGUCACUUAAUGGCUUGCCUGCUACAGGCAACGUGACAGAAAAUUCUUCAGCUUAUGUUUUGGUUUAUACGUUUAGUGUUACUUUAUCACCAUCACCUUCUGAAGUGGCUCCAGGAUAUCCUUUAAUAAUAAACUCAAAUCCACUUACAAAAGCUUUUCGGAUUGAUCCUGGAGCUACACAUACUUACAAGGUUGUUACCACUGGGGAUCCUGUUCUAGAUUAUGAAACUAUGCCAAACAGCUUUGAUUUGCAGAUUUAUGUUAAUGAUACAGCUGGGGCAAGUGACCUUCAAAUACUUACUGUCCAAAUAACAGAUGUUAAUGAACCUCCUGUGUUUCGUGGCAAUUUGGCAGACCAAACUGUAAUGAUUUAUAUCUUGGAGGGAAAUAGAACGCCUCCUGGAGUUAUUUACCAGAUUGAUGCAUCUGAUCCCGAACAGUCACAACUCACAUAUUCAUGUACUCCUGUGUCAGAGUCAUUCACUGUCUCUCAAACUGGAACCAUUUCUUCCACAAAAGAAUUUGAUUUUGAGAGAGAUCCACAUACCUAUGUGUUAAACGUAACAGUGACAGACCACCUAGGGCUGAGCACUACCAGGACAGUGAUAGUCAACAUCAUUAACAUCAAUGACGAAACACCUUACUUUACCACGAAAGAGAAAGUCUACAGAAUUCCAGAGGAAACCAGCCCAGGAACUGUUGUUGGCAAUAUAACAGCUAAAGAUCCAGAUGGUGAAGGCAUUGUCAGCACACUUGUCUACAGCAUCAGUCCACCUAAUAUGCAUUUCUCCAUAAAUCCAUUCACUGGUGUGAUUUACGUGGCUAUGCGAAUAGAUCGAGAUGCUGCUCCCUUACGGCUACAUCCUAACAUCUCACUGGUCAUUCGUGUGGAGGACAAUCCCAGUGGUGGGCAAAUGAAUGAAAUGGAGGUAACAGUCAUUAUUGAAGAUCUCAAUGACAACCCACCAGAAUGUAGCUUCUACAACUUCAGACUUGAGGUAUAUGAAACAGCCACCGCUGGGACACUUCUCCUUGGCCUGCGAGAUCACUGCCAGGAUAUAGAUGUUGAACCAUCAAAUAAUGAAUUUAAUUUCACUGGAUUAUCUGGACUUGGAAGUAACAAAUUCACACUGAAUCCAUCGGGCUCGGGAAGAAUUGUGUUGAUUGGAGAUCUGGAUUUCGAAAAUCCAGAUAAUCUAGCACUUGAGGAAUAUACUUUGACAGUUGUGGUGCAAGACAUUGCCCAGCCUUACUAUACUAAUAAUAUCUACAUUUACAUCAAAAUAACUCCAGUGAAUGAGUUCUUCCCAGUCUUCAAUAGCCCAUCAUAUGUAUUCAGUGUUUCAGAGAUUACUCGAGCUGGAUCCAGCAUUGGAGAAGUGAGGGCAACAGACAAGGAUUUACCAUUUACUGGAAUCACAUAUUCCAUUGUAGCUGGAGGAGGUACCCUUUCUUACACAAAUAUAUUUUGGAUUGACCCAAAUGAAGGAAAUCUGGAGAUUAUAGCAACAUUAGACUAUGAAACAACGCAGAAGUACAUCCUCACAGUGCAAGCUUCUGACACAGAGAAGCUUGCUACAGUGUCCGUAACCAUCAAUGUUCUUGAAGUAAAUGAUGAAAAACCAGUUUGUUCAGCCAAUACCUAUUCAUUGGCAAUUCCGGUAGACCUAACUGUUGGGACCAACAUUGAGGGUUUCAGGAUAGAGUGUGUUGAUCGCGAUUCUAGUCCCAGAUCUUUCCGGUACUUCAUUAAUUCAGGUAAUGUGAAUAAUCAUUUCACUUUUUCACCAAGCGCUGGCUCCAACAUCUCUCAGUUGAUUCUUGCAUCUAGAUUUGACUAUGACAGUGGUUUGGAUACAAUCUGGGACUACAGACUGCACGUCUAUAUAACAGAUGACAAUUUGCUGUCGGGUUCUAACAGAGCUACAGCCCUCAUUGAAACUGGGACAGUGACAUUAAGCAUCAAAGUUAUCCCAAACCCGACUACUACCACCACUACUACACCUGCCAUUACGCUUCUGAUCAGAACAGAAAAUGUUUAUUCUGAAUCAGCUUGGUAUGUGCCGUUCCUCAUUACUGUUGGCAGCAUGCUACUACUUGGACUCCUUGGAUACCUAGCCUUCCUGCUGGCAAAAUAUAUCCGUACCUACUGUCCACCAAAACCCAAAGCAGAUAAAAGACCACUGAAAAACACACCAGAAAAGAAGAAAGUUAAGAAAGAAGAGGUUUGGGAAAUGACCAAGAUAAACACUGUCUUUGAUGGAGAAGCCAGAGACCCAGUGACUGGCAAAAUGUAUGAAUACAAUUCAAAAUCUGGGGCCCGAAGAUGGAAAGAUACAAAGGAAUCAAUGGAGCCAGGAAUAAAGGAUCCACUUGCACAGGAAAUGACCAAGAUAAACGCUGUCUUUGAUGGAGAAGCCAGAGAUCCAGUCACUGGCAAAAUGUAUGAAUACAAUUCAAAAUCUGGGGCCCGAAGAUGGAAAGAUAUAAAGGAAUCAAUGGAGCCAGGAAUAAAGGAUCCACUUGCACAGGUAAUUUCAACUGCUCCAGCAAACAGCAGUGAAGGGAAAGACAGAACAGGGACUGCAAGCAAGCAAGAAGCUGGAACAACUGGCAGAGAGCUGGCAGCAGAGAAUAACAUGGCAGCAAAGCCCUCAGAAGGGAAGGCAGAAACUUCUAGCCAGGAUAGCCUGAAAUUACACAAGCCAAAAGAUGGAGCUGGGGGCAGGGGAUCAUCCUCACCAGGCAGGUCACCAGUGCCCUCUCCCAAAAUAUACCCUCAGUUACAGCCAAAACCAGCCUCAAAGAAUGUGGUGUGAAGCUUUUGGGAGCCAUCCCAAAACCUUCACCCUGUCACUAGAACAUUAACAGAUUCCACAGACAAGAGGGGCUUGUGCUUCUUACUCAACACCUUUCUUAGUGUGUGGGAUGUGGUGAAUGGACAGAACGAUGUAAAUUACACCCAAAUGUAGGGCCAUGUUGUCCCUGCGCCUGUGUGGAUGCAUGAACUUGGGGAAGGAGGGAAGGGUACAAUGAGCUUCUCCAUUCCCCUGUGUGUCACUCUACAUAGGACCAAACCAUAAAUGCAAUCCUCAUGCUCCCCAUAACACAAAAACUGUUGGCUAAUGCAGCUAGAAGCAUGAGCCACCCCAGCAGGGUGGGUGGGAGGUGAGGCCAUGGCCAUCUUAGAACAUGUUCUUAGGGCAUGUAGCCGCUGGCACACUGAGUGUGUGCGUGUAUGCGAGUGUGUGACCCACACACCUCCUGGGUGUGAUAAUCUGUCCCAUCUAGUGGUACCAUGACCACUUAGAGAGAGAGAGAUUAAU